GAGGGGGGCGGAAGGCGGGGGCGAGGGGAGGCGGAGGCAGUGAAUGACCGCGACCCCGCGGCAACUGGCAAACCCCUCGGCUCCCGGCACCGCCACCUCGGUCCCCACCCGAGGCGCACGGCCGCCCGGCUCGCGGGCUGGCUCAGCUGAAUCCUCUUUGCCGGGCACGAAUGGAGCGCCGGGAGCUCGGGAAGAAGGCGGCGCGCAGACGAGGAACAGAGAGCCAUCGGCUGCCGGGACACCGCCAAAGGGACGCGGCAACUCGCGCACGUCUCAGGACAAAUCGAAGCUUGGGAAAUCCCCUCCACCCCCGUUCUUAAGAGGGGAGUACACCCAGAAAGUGCAUGUGAUGGAGUGGAGAGGAAUCCGCGCGCGGCGACUACCCGCAGCGCACCCUGCUCCCACUCUCACUCGCGGAGCUGGCCACGGCAGUCGCGGAUCCCUGGCAGGGAGGCUGAGUUCGCUGGGCCGAGCGCGUGAGGGUUUGGAUCAGCUGCAGAAAUAACCCAAGAAAGCUGCUUAACCUCUCAGAGCCUCAGACUUUACAUUAAGAAAAUGGGAUAAUAAUAUUAUCUACAGUUGACGCUUGAACAAUGUGGGGGGUAGAGGCAUCAACCCACCCAUGCAAUUGAAAAUCCAUGUAUAACUUUACAGUUGACCCAUCUGUAGUUCCACAUCUGGGGAUUCAACCAACCUUGGAUUGUACAGUGCUGUAGUAUGUCUUUACUGAAAAAAUCUGCAUACAAGUGGACACAUAGAGUUCAAACUUGUGUUGUUCAAGGGUCAAAUGUCCCUUACACUCUGUGCAUGAUAUGCCUUGAACAACGCCUGGCACAGAAAGGGUCUCAAGGAGUGAUCACAGUGGCUAUUGUUUUCAGGGCCAGUAUGUGAUUUAAGUACUUCAACCAAUAGCUAAAAUCCAAACAAGGAAUCAUCAGGGAACCUGGAGGGGACCAGACUAGACUGUGGAGGCAGCAAAUAAUGCUUGCUAACCAAGUAUAGCAAGUUUAGCUAACCAAGUACCGCAAUGUGCUACACAGAGGAGACAGUCCUCAGCAGGCUUCCUCACCAGCAGCCGUGUCACGUUUGGGACUGGAUGAUUCCGCGGCUGGGGGCUGUGCUGCACACAGUAGGAUCUUCAGCAGCACUGAUGGUGUCUACCCACUGGGUGCCAGCAGAAUGCCUCCCUCAGUUGUGAUCAUCAAAAAAGCCUCCAGACAUCGCCUCGUGUCCUCUGGUGUGCAAACCCGACUCCAGUCGAGAACCAACAGUCUGGGAUCAGUGGUUUCCGAUGUGUGUCCUCCAGACCAGCGGCGCUCACAUCACCCAGGAGCCUAUUAGAAAUGCAGAAGUUUUGCCCCAUCUCUGACUUACCACAUAUGAAUCUGUGUUUUCUGUUGUUGUUAGGUAACUUCCGUUUCUUUUUAAUGUAGAACAAGUCACUCAAAAAUUUUUUUCAAUUAAUAUUGACUUUUUAAAACUUUUUAUUUGGUAUUGGGGUAUAGUCGAUUAACAAUGUUGCCACAAUUUCAAGUGAACGGCAGAGGGACAGCCAUACAUAUACAUGCAUCCAUCCUCCCCCGAACUCCCCUCCCAUUGGGGCUGCCACCUGACACUGAGCAGAGUCCCAUGUGCUUACAGCAGGUCCCUGGGGGUUUUCUAUUUUAGAUACAGCAGCGUGUACAUGUCCACCCCAAACUCCCUAAACACCCCUUCUCCACCGGCAACCAUGAGCUCGUUCUCUGUCAGUCUCUGUUUCUUAAGUAAUGAACCUGUGUUUUAACAAGAUCCCCACCCACAUCAUUCUUACGUACAUUAAAAUUUGAUCAGUGUCGAUCCACACCAGUGCCUCUCCCCUCCUAAACAUAGAAAUCCCUGCCCCUUUAGUUAAAAGCACAGGUAAUUGACUCCGACCAAAUCCACUGCAUAGACUCCAUAGGAGAAAGGGCUGGGAGUGGAUAUUUUAAAGUGAUUCUGAGGAUAAAAAGGUUGAAGAAACUCUACAGUGCUUCUACAGAGGGACAAAAUUUAAGCUACUUUCCAGAACUUCCUGGCAAGAAAGUGUCGUGGCUCAAGAACUUGUUCUCUGGAUAUUCAACAAAUCCUCAUCAAGCAAUGGCCAAGGGGCAAGCCUUUUUAAGAGACAUGUCUCCGUACCAUCAUAAAGCCUACAGCCCAACUGCAUGUUAAGUGACAGAGAAGCAGAAUCUAGCUGACACUGUUCAAACUCCUGAAUCCAGCUGUGUCAGAACCCUUUGACUUCCUCUUCCCAGGAGCUAAUAAGGUAGUUUUCGCUUAAGCCAACUGAAGUUUGAUUUCUAAUAAUUUGCCUUGGAGACAGUCUCAACUAACACACCAUCCUUUGAGGUCACAAGACUAAUUUUCCUUCCUAUGACCAUGUUUAAGAAAGCAACUUUCUAAUCCCUAAUAUUGCUUUCCAUGAAGCUCUGUCCAUAGGGAGACAGUAGAGAGCUCAGUGAGGAGAAUGUGAUAGUUUCUGUAGUGACAGAGAGCAUCAUAAACGAAUUACAUUCCCGCUUUAUAUCCAUCUCUUGCGAGUUUGGUUACUGUGAGUCAGUGUUCAGAUUUUCACACAUCUGGGUAUACUUAGCAAAAUGAUGCCACAUCCAUACUCCACUGUGUUCUGGCAGGACUUCUUUAAAUAGCAAAAAGUGUUUAAACCCAGUUAGUCUAUAGAUCUCCUCCCAAUAUACGCAAUAGAAAAGUGGAUCUUUCUUUUGUUUUCCUUAUUUAUAACUUUAUUUACAUGUUUAUCUCUUUUUGUUCCUUUUCCUUCAUCUUUCAUCUUCUAAACGAUAUCUACAGUUAGUGCUUUAUUUUUUUCAUGAUCCCUUCCACAGGCCAAUAUUUAAUUUUAAGAUUUUGUUUUAGGUGUCUCCCACGGGUCCCAAGUGCUCACACAAACUGAUGCUUGGAGCUCCUUUAUCUACAGUAAUGUAAAUUUCUAUAUAAUGUAAUUGGCAAAUAAGCUCUGGUCUACGACCUGGUUGUCAGACAUGAGUGGAAGGUCUUCCCUUGUGUAUGGAGUACCAGGAGGGGAGGGAAGGUCAAACAAUCCUGUUUGGUAAUAAACAGAGAUAUGUGGUGAGUGCCUGCAUCAGAGUUCUCCUGAUCUUUCUAAAUAGGCUAAUGAAAUGGAUGCCAGCUAGCUGGAAGAUUUUUGCAAUUGCCAUUACUGGAAGUCCUUGUAAGACAGAGAACACAGAUUCGUCCCCGCUGAUGUAUAAGCUGAGGUAGAUUGUCCCCAUCAAGAGCUACCAAAUAUGAAGUAGGGCCAGCAAGGAGUGGGGUCUUUGCCAAGGACCCCCAGAAGUCCUGUCCCGCACUCUGGUGUGAACGUGGCUAAAUCCUUUCAUCUCACUGUACCCCUGCUUCCUCACCUGUAAAGUGUUAACAGUACUCGCCUCACAGGUUAAUAUAUAAAAUAAAAUUGGCCCAUGGUUAGCA